AUGGUCAUCUGGACUGCACUCCAGACCUUGGACAUAAGCAUGUACAAGUUGGCACGCGUCAUUGCUCAAAAUUUACGGCAGACGUCACGGAAGCCCGUGUCUGUAAAACUCAGUUGCUGUAGAUCUCGUUCACGACACUUUUCGUAUACGGCAAACUCUCGGUUCUGCAACACACCAGUAAGGAUGGCACCCCCAGCUGCACACACGAUUAUUUCAGACCAUCCCGACAAGGUCCGCAUGCUCGUUCUUGAAACGGACGAAACCCAUCCAGAAACCCAGAAGGAGAAGGGUUCCUUUGGUGUAGUCCUCAAUGAACUCCUGAAGAAGGCAGGUGAUUCACAUAAACCGAAUCUUGGUAUCGAGACUGCGAUGCAAUACGUGGUUGAGCCCGAGGGAGGAGCGGUGCCGAAGAUUGAGGAGAUUGGAGAUGACAUACAUGCCAUCCUGAUCACAGGCAGUUGCUGGGAUGCACAUGGUGAUGAUGAGUGGAUACACAAGCUUAUGAGAUUGAUCAAGGGUGUGUACACAAUCCAUCCGGAAGAUCCCCGAGCUGACAAUUACCAAGAUGUAUGGGUUAAAAGACCAGACGUUCGCUUUGCUGGCAUAUGCUUUGGCCACCAAAUCCUUUGCCGCACUCUCGGAUCGGAUGUCAAGCCUGAAGCGAAUGGCGAAUGGGAACUCGCUCACACUCCGAUUAUAGUGUCAGAUAUCGGUCGUAGAUUAUUCGACCUCAAGCCGAACGAAGACCGCAUACAUCUCCAUCAGAUGCAUCUCGACCAUGUUGUAAAUCCACCAUCGGUAGCCACCACCGAUCUGCUACCGCGAGGGACAAAGGUACAUGUGUGGGGUACGAGCGAACACACUGGUGUGCAAGGAGUCUACAUUCACAAGAGACUAUUCUCGACGCAAGGCCAUAUGGAGUUCAACGAGACCAUGGUACACAGACAGCUCGAGAUGCGAGUCAAGGCAGGAAGCGUAAGUCAAACAGACGCAGACGAAGCCGCAGAAUCUGCAGACUGGAUGCACGACGGUCUUGUUGUAGCGCAAGCAGUUCUCAGGUUCUUCCAUGGCGACGAUGACGACAUUGCCUGA